AGGAGAAAAGAGGAGUGAGCGGCUGCAGAGGAGGUUGGCUUGUGGACGCAAGGCGCUCUCUCUCUUUUUUUUCUUUCCUGGAUGGUUUGUUGUCUGUUUUCUUUCGAUGUUCUGUUGGCGUCCCGCCGUUUAGCCAAUCACACGUGCUGCAAACCGCCGAAGUUGUUCGCUGGCCUCGACCGUUGUGCGAGAUCUGAGAGGAAGGACCGCUUGCUUGAUGGUGCCGCGAGUGGAAACGCUGCCUGCCGGUACGUCAGCUCGGGGUGCGCUGGCGGGAACGCGCGGCGCGUACUACGAAAGUGCAGUGAAACUACGGCACGAUCUUGGCUUUGUCGGCGCGGGUCGCAAAGACGUUCAAGAAGACAAGCACGUUGACUGGCAAGAAUGGAUCGCGAGCGUGACGGUGCGAUACCGUACAGAAGCUUUGUACAGACGUAGCCGGCCCACUCGGCACAAUGAGAGCUGUCGCGGUAGGCCUUGCUUUCCGUGGAGGAAAGAGUGCGCGGGUUUGGUGACGGAGUUUGUGGAUGAAAUUCCGCGCACCCCAAAGAUGCGGACGAGGCAAAACGAGUGCUACGAGUAUCUAGUCUUCGAAACAAACGUCGGCGGCUGUCGUCGCAUCACCCGGUCACUCAGCGGACGUGUGCUCCGGCGAUCAACCCGGGAGAAAACCCUGAAGUCGAUCCACGCUUCCGAGCUCUCGGAGUCUGCAGCGUCGCGUCGCCACCCGGUUGGAUCUGCGGACUGGUUCGUUGCCCUGAAAAAGCUGCUAACCGAGAAGUCUUGCUUUCCGAAACGCCAAACAAAAUCGAACCUCGUUCACGAUGUCGUCGAGUCGCCCGGCAUCACGCGGGCAAUGCAGCGCGAGGUGGAGGCGGCCUUGGUGCCGACGCCGGCCGAUGAGGUGCUCGUGUCGGCCUUCCGAAUCCACAUCCGCAGGGCCGACAUGCGCACGCUCGCCGACGGCGAGUGGUUGAACGACGAAGUGAUCAACUUCUACAUGAAUCUCCUCGCGGAGCGCUCCAAGAAAGAAGGCUGUCCCCGCGUGUACGCGUUCAACACGUUCUUUUAUCCCAAGUUGGUCGCCAGCGGCUACGCCGGCGUCAAGCGAUGGACGCGCACCGUCGAUUUGUUCUCCUUCGACAUCGCGCUGGUGCCCCUGUACCUCGGCACCACGCACUGGUGUCUCGCUGCCGUGGACUUCCGCAGGCGCCACAUUGCCUACUACGACAGCCUCGGCCCGCCGACCGGGAGUCCGCGCUGCCUGUCCGUGCUGCUGCAGUACCUGGAGUGCGAGAGUCGGCAGCGGCGCAACCACGGGCUCGCCGGGGACGACUGGAGCCUGAAAGUGGUGGACGUGCCUCUGCAGCAGAACAGCAACGACUGCGGCAUGUUCGCCUGCCAGUACGCCGAGUGCGUCUCGCGGGACGCGCCCAUCACGUUCGGGCAGCGUAACAUGCCGUACUUUCGGAAACGCGUCGCCUACGAGAUUCUGCACAAGACCGUGCUCUCGGCGUGAGGCAGGGCGGUGCGCAAGUACCAGCGAUGCAUAGACAGAGCCCGACAGACGAGCCACUGCCAGGACAAGGUGGAGCUGAACGGCCACCUGGACUCCAUGGAGCAGCUUAUGCUGGCGAGCCACGAAUCCCUGUGCUCCGCCA